ACUGUAAACCUCCAAGUGUCGACGUGGGUGGAGUCGAUUACCUAUGUUCACCAUCGACUUGUCGCCGAGCAGGAACCUAAACUGCACUCUACAUUUGACCAUUCCUCGAUGUGUUGAUUGCAUUUAUCUUAUCGUCAGUGGACGAGAAUAACACGUUUUUCAUACCUUACCUCCGACAUGACAUCUGGAAGGAGUAAACGUGAUAUCCUAAAGUUUAUCAUCAUUGGAUGUUUUGCUGUUUUUCCUCAUUUUGUUUAUUCGUCAUAUAAUAUUGCGUUAGGAAAGCCAGCAUCACAAAGUACCGAUUACCUGGGCUGGAGUGCUGACAAAGCAAUAGAUGGUGUGAUAGGAAAGGACAUGGAAACAAAUGGAGGAGGAAGCUGUAGUUCUACUAACCCGACCGGAUCACGUGAGGCAUGGUGGAUGGUUGACCUUCAACAAACGUCUAGGAUAAAAACUAUAAACAUCACGUACAGACAGUUGUAUCCCUAUCGCCUUUCUGGAUUCUAUCUUUAUGUUUCCUAUACGACUGCUGAGGACAAUCUACAAAACACGGGAUAUCUGUGUUACCAUGACGACACAAAGGAUCCGGAACUUCCGUCAUUCAACCAAUCUCGUUCUUGUCCUGUUGACGGCCGAUACGUUAUUUUCUACAACAGACGUCCUGCUGAUAAUGGACCUAAACAUGUCCCAUACAACUCGACAACAGAUGCUGUUGUUGAAUUGUGCGAGGUGCAGGUGUUUGGAUGCCCGAUAAAUCGUUUCGGACUUACCUGCAGGAAAACAUGUCAUUGUGGCAUGGGUGGAUGUGAUCCUGAUACCGGACUGUGUGACGUCAGUUGGUGUCAGAGUGGAUGGAUGUUACCAACCUGCUCUGAAGCCUGUCCCACUGGACACUUUGGAAGGGACUGUAAGGAGACAUGUCAUUGUGCUAUUCCUGGAUGUAACAGAUUCAAUGGAAUAUGUAUCCGUGCCGGAUGUGACGUAGGAUGGGAAGGUCCGACUUGUGACAAAUCAUGCGACGUUGGCAAAUAUGGCAAGGACUGUAAACACACGUGCAACUGCGCUUCUCCCGGAUGUGACGUGAUCACUGGUACUUGUACUGUGCCCGGAUGUGAAGUUGCAUGGGAAGGUUCGACAUAUGAUUGUGAUAUAGCUUGCAGCAUCAGUUCAUUUGGUAGUAUCUGUACCGAACCCGAAUGUGACCAAUUCACCGGAUUAUGUAACGUAUCGGGGUGUAAUGUUAGAUGGACAGGUUCGUCAUGUGAUCAAGUAGCGGUUAAAACAAACAGUAAAGAAAACCUGAUCAGUGGUGAGAAAUCAGGGUCCAAUGCCUUGGUAGUUCCACUGCUUGCAUCACUGCUGUUUAUUUCCAUCGGGUUCAACAUAGGAUUUAUAAUUGAUCGUCUAAGGAAUUCACGACAGUUUCCUACUUUGAGAUUCUGGGAAUGCUUCCAAACGAUUCCUCAUUACGCCAGACUUAUACCCAGCGAAAGCAGCCCAAGAGCGAUAUAACAAAAUCCAUUGCCGGACAAGAGUUAUAAUAGAGCAAACGUUUUGAAUUCUAAAGAAACGGCUUAACUGUUUGCACUAUGAAUUAAGAGUGGAGCCAGUUAAAGCCUGAGAAAUAGUUAUUGCAGCUGUUGUUUUGCAUAACAUAGGCAUUCUCAGGGGGAUAUUAUUCAUUCAGAGGAUAUGGUAGUGCAGGCAGAGGAUGUCACAGAAUGUUGGAGUAGGUACAUGUAAUUUUAUUAAUUCUUUUUUCAAUUUCAUGAUUUCUAAGUCCAGCUUUGUUUCCUCUUCCUGAAGAACACCCUUUCUAAUGUGAUGAUGCGUUUUCCAGCAGAUGACUUUUGCUUGUCUUGAAAUAAGAUAAGAUAAACAUUGAACUUGUAUAAUGCUUUUAAUAUUUUCUCAUGAAAUUCAAUUAAUUUAUUACUGGUUUGUUAUCUGUAACGCACAAUAUAUUAAGAUUUUUAUCAACAAGGACACAUGGAUAAAAACACUCAGCAAUAUAUAGUGGUCUAUGCUCAGUGUUGCUAGCAAUCUAUCAUCAUGUAAUUUAUUUAAGAAGCUUGCAUCGUAUACACUUUCAUAGCAUAAAAGGUUCGUGAAAGAAAUGUCAGAACUUUUAGUUUUAACAAACCUCUGGCUUAUAGGAGAAAAAGAAUGCAAGAUUCAGUUAGAACUUGUUGAAAAUGUUAAUCAAAAUAAUAUCUCCGGCUGAUUUAUAACGUGAAACAUUAUUUAAAAUAUAUCUAUUACCGCAUUACAUUUGGCUAAAUACUUACAUGAUGUCUGAGUUGCUGGUAUGGUACAGGUGUCAAAUGCCACUGGAAACAUUCCUGUAAAGUGAUAUGUUAUCCUUUUGCAAGAAUUUCAACUGGUUUUGCUAGAAAUAGGCUUCUUCAGGGGAAUAAGACAUUUUUAUUCAUAUUCAAUCAAAAUCUGAACAAACUAUCUGGAAUUUAAAUACAUUCAUCUAAAAAAUAUACCUUAUAAAACCCAAAACAAUCAUGUUAUUACUUAAAUACAGUGUAUAAACUAAUCUGACUUGUCGCAUGUUUUUGAGCAUGAGGAGUCAUCUGUUUUAAGAAAAACAAAAAACUUUCAUUCAGUGGAUCUAUGAUAAGGGCUUUUCACCAGAUGGUAAAAAGGCAUAUUGUUUCUAUAGUUUUUGUUGAUUCUCAAUCUUAUAUUCUUUCACGAUAUUGUGAAUGUGUAGCAUAUGUGUUUAUACUAUAAGGCCAUUCAAGUAUGUUGUAGGUUAUGGUCAGAAUGUGUCAUUAUACCAUUUUAAAGCUGUUAAAAAUGUCAAUCAUGAUAGUUAAGUUUAUUUUUGAAUACAGGAUCUGUAUGAUACUCUACACUGACUCAAGCACGUUUCUUGAUCAAUAUCAAGUGUUUCUCAAUGAAUUCUGAUGUUGCUGAUAUCAGAAAUGUGGAUAAGGUUUUUCAGAAUGCCCCCUGAUACCAUGUCUCUUAGAAAGGUUCUAUCUGAUGAUCUAAAAAUUACCAUAACCGAAGUUCUGUACAAGUGUUUAUUUUUAUCAUUGUUUUAAUGGCUGUGUUUAGUAAUGAAAAAGGUUGGAAAGCUGGCAUUACCAUCUGGGGUUUUGUUCUACAUACCUUCCAUACAUGUAGUGUCAAUCACAACAGCAUCAGCUGUUUCGUCUUAUGGUAGCACUGUAAUGGAACAAGGCAUUGUUGUUUGGGUUUUUUGAUGUUUUUUAUCGCAUUACAAAUGUUUUUGUU